AUGGCGCCGCCGGCCAGCAAGAAGCGAAAGACGGAGCAUGUAUCGUCGGGCGAUGAUGCUAGCGAGGCUUCGUUCGCCUCAUUCAGCGACGAGGACACCUAUGGCGGCGUGGGACUCGAGCACGGGACGAGUGGAGUCGAUUCUGCUGAAGAAAUCGACGUGGAUGGCGACGACGAGGUAGAAGCAGGACAGAACGAUGAUGAAGAAGAUACGGAAGACGGAGAUGAUGCACAGGCUGGGGCCGAGAUGUCGAAAGGUGCAAAGCUCAAAAGCACGCGACAAGACAAUGGGAAGCCGCCGACAAAGAGCUCCAGAAAUGCGCAAUCGGGGACAUCAGCCUAUGUACAUGGCACUUUCAAGAGCAAUGUGUUCAAGUUGCAGGUCGAUGAGCUUCUGGCUCAGAUACGACCAAAACACGGAAAGCGUGAAGCGGCCGCCGAGGCAGCUCUGCAUAGCUUGAAGAAGACCAUCGAGCAUAUACCGGCCAGAGGGCCUUUCCUUUCGGCCGAUGCAGAGCGUGAUCUUAUCAAGCAAAAGAUUGCGGUGCCUUUCCCGGACCCGCGACCACCGAAGGACGCCAAAUACAAGUUCGCAUACGCGAAGCCGGCAAACAUCAACGUGGUUGGAAGCUUUGCGCUGAAGACAUCGACAAGAUCCCGCGAGAUACUCGAGGUCGACAUGAUGGUGACGAUGCCUGGAUCUCUCUUUGAAGAGAAGGACUACCUCAAUCUCAGGUACUUCUACAAGCGAGCGUUCUACCUCUCCUGCGUCGCUGCUGGUCUGAAAUCUGCCCACAAGUCGGAAUAUUCGUUGCGAUACACGCUAUUUCAUGACAAUCCAUUGAAGCCGAUAUUGGUGCUUGCGCCAAUAGGUCAGAAAAGUGAUGCAUUGGAAAGCGUGCCUGCGCCGAAGUGGCGCAUCAACAUCAUUCCUUGCAUUGCCGAGACGCAGUUCCCUGUUGACAAACUACAGCCCGACAGGAACUGUGUGCGAAACUCAUCUGGGACAUCCGACCACGUCGAUCAUGUCCAGGUGCCUACACUUUUCUACAACUCUUCACUCCGCUCAGACAUGCUCAUGACGUCCUACCUGAAGCUCCUGCACGCCGCAUCAAAGUCUUGCGAAGCGUUCGUCGAUGCCUGCAUGCUUGGAAGUACUUGGCUUCGUCAACGCGGCUUCGAAUCCUCGAUUCAUGCAGGUGGAUUCGGAAAUUUUGAAUGGGCUGCUUUAAUGGCGCUGUGCUUGACAGGGGGAGGCUCCAACGGCCGGCAGCUUCUCAGCCAGGGCUACAGUAGCUAUCAGCUGUUUAAAGCUACGGUCCAACUGUUGGCUGUCCGAGACUUCGUCAAGCAGCCGCUUCUGGUUGGAGACACACCGGAUGCACCGAAAAGUGCCGACGGAUUGCCGCUAGUCUGGGACGUAGAGCGGGCUCACAAUCUGUUCUUCAAGGUUCCACAGUGGUCUUACCGACUUCUCAAGCAGGAGUCCAAAUCUACCCUGAAUGCUCUUGGAGACCAGCUGCACGACGGUUUCGAUGCCACCUUCAUUUUGCGGGUACAUGAUCCACUCUAUCGCUACGACCACGUUCUUGAACUACCCCAAAAGUCGCUUUCGACAGGCGAAAGCAAUUUAGAGAGCACUUUUGCUCAAGCGCGCCUUCGUGAGCUGUACAGAGUGCUCAAGCAAGGUCUGGGAGACAGGGUCAAUCAGAUCAGAAUUAACCAGCCUGCUCUGCCAGCAUGGCAACUUGGAUCCUCCACGCCCAAAGAAAGUGUGCAGGGCAACAUCACAGUGGGGCUAUUGGUCAAUCCCGAAAACGUCAGGCGUACUGUGGACCACGGUCCUUCAGCUGAAAACAAGGCAGAGGCCGCAGAGUUCCGCAAGUUCUGGGGAGAGAAAGCAGAACUUCGCCGUUUCAAAGAUGGAAGCAUCUUGGAAAGCUUGGUCUGGGCAUCACCUCAGGAAAGCGGCCAUACAGUCUUGGAGCAGAUUGUGCGCUAUCUUCUGAGUCAUCGCUUUGCGCUCGUGUCAAGCGAUGAGUUGAGAUUUCACGGCGACGGGUUUCCAAAGUUCGUACGAGGCGGGAGUGAAAGGACGCCAUUCGAGCACAUGAUGGCAAGCUAUAAGAAGUUCGAGACCGAUAUUCGGACCUUGGAGGACCUGCCGCUUUCAAUUCGAUCCAUCAUGCCCGCGGACGCCCAACUACGUUACGCAUCGAUGAGACCGCCUUUCGGUGGCAAGCUUCUGUAUCGAGCCACUCCGGCGGAUGUCGUACUACAAUUCGAAGGAUCAGCUCGCUGGCCCGAUGAUCUUGGUGCAAUUCAGAGAACCAAAAUUGCGUUCCUCUUGAAGCUCAAUGAAUUGCUGAUGGAGUCCGUGAGCUCUAUCACGACUCGUAUCGGAUUGGAGAAUGAAGGUCAAGAUGUCCUCAACCAAGGCUUUCUUGACGUCACGUACGACUCGGAGGCCACUUUCAGACUUCGUAUCUAUCACGAACGAGAGCAGACGCUGCAUGAGCGUGUCUUGAAAGACAAGUCAGUCGAUCCCAAAUCCAGAGAGGUUUCUGCUCUGGGGCUUGCAAAGUACAAGCGAGACUACAUCAAGUCUCCAGCCCACACGCAAGCGAUAUCGCGACUGUGCACCCGUCAUGCACCUUUAAGUGGCUCAAUUCGGCUUACGAAACGCUGGUUCGCGUCUCACCUUCUCACCCACCACAUUGCAGACGAAGUCAUCGAGCUGCUCGUCGCCCGCACCUUCACUCACCCCUUUCCGUGGCAGACACCCUCAAGUGUGCAAACCGGCUUUCUUCGUACGCUCUUUUGGAUCUCACGCUGGGACUGGCGCGCCGAGCCCUUGGUUGUUGAUCUCAGCGGUGGUGGCGAAUUGAAACAAGCCGGCAUGCAAUCUAUCCGGACGAACUUUGAAGCCUGGCGAAAGCUCGACCCGGCGAUGAAUCGCGUGGCGUUGUUUGCUGCUUCAAAUGUGGACGCGGACGGUGUUACAUGGACUGAUGAAAAUAAGCCAGCCAAAGUCGUCGCAGGACGCAUGACAGCUUUAGCAAAAGCGGCUUGUGCUGAGGUUGCGGAAAAGCAGUUGUCUCUCGAGCCUGCGAGUCUGUUCACUUCGCCUUUGGAAGAUUUUGACUUUGCGCUACACCUCAGCACCGACAAGAAGAAGACGAACGGGUUCAAGAAUCUCGAACUGAAAGCACUACAGGACACAGAUAUGAUCGGCUAUGAACCGGUGCAGUCAUUGCUUGCGGAGCUUGAAGAUGUGUAUGGUUCCGCUGUUCUGUUCUUCAACGGUGGAAGUGAGCAAGAUGUCAUUGCCGGCUUGUGGAGCCCCGUGACAGCAAGGAGAGCCUGGAAGGUGAAUCUCGCCUACUCUACGAUUCCCCGUGGAGAGGACCAAGAUACACAAGCAGACCUGAACAAGAGUGCAAUGUUGUCGGAAAUUGCGAGAUUAGGCGGAGACCUGAUCGAAAAGGUGGAAAUCUUCCAGAAGUAA